AUGGAGAAGACUCAGAAAUCAAAGGUGUCACUGAUGAGUGAGAUUAAACGACAGAUCAACAAUUUGCCCAGUAAUUUUGAUGUUCUCAAAAUCCGCCGGAUUUUAUUUGCAAUGUUAGAACGGAUUGAAGAAAUUUCCGACGAUAUAGAAAACACAGACCAAAAAUAUUUGGGAGACUUAAAAACGGUCCCGGCAGAUUCCGGGACGGUUCAAAACGAAGAAGGAAAAGUUGAAGCCAAAGUUGAUUCCAAAGUAGACUCCAAGGAAUUUUCACACAAAGAAAAAGAGCGACUUGGUGAUGACGAAGAAGAGAAGGCGAUGCAUCGUUCUCGAACAAAAACGAGUCAAUUACGCAACAUAACCACAUACGAUCCAUAUAAGCCUAAAUCGCAUCAAAGUUCUGUUGCGUCGAAUUCGACGCGCCCGCGCAAUUUAACUUUUGCGGACCAAGAGGAGAUCAUUACGAAGAGUACAAAGCGAGAGACAACAGAGAAUCAGUUUCGGAUGUCGAUGGCGAAGAACUUGCCGAUCGUGACAUUAAAAUUGCCACAAAAGGAUCAAAUGUUUUGUGACUUAAUGGAGAAACACUUCAAAGCGUUACAAUUUUGGACUAAAUUGAAUCACUUCACUCUCAUCUACGACUCACAUAAGAACAAAUUCAAAAGAUCUUCUGUUCAAAAGAAGAUGUUUGAGAAAAAGAAUAUCAUGGGGGUCAUAUUCACAGACGACGACGCAGUCUUCGGCUCUUUCCAUGCCGCAACGUUCCCGAAGAAACCUAAGAAAGCCUUUGUGACUGUUAAAGACACACAAAUGUUCGUGUUUUCCUUGGAAAACCAAAAUCGAUUGCCAGCGCCGACUAAAUGGAAAAUCAAAGCGGACUCCCCGGGAGUAGACUGGACCGUCUCGUUGUAUUCAGACAAAGAAAAAGACCCGUCAUUCUAUAAUGUAUAUCAAUGCUUCAAAUUGGCACCACCCCUUCACGCACAUAACUCAACACUUUCUCAAGACUUUAAGACAGAGUACGAGAAUGGGACCGAUGUCAGUAUAUUCACAGGAAGCAAAGAGAACUUCGCCGUGAAGCGCCUCAUUUUUUUGGAAUGGACUGAAUAG